AGCGGUUGUGAAAUAGGUGUAUAUCGGCAAGAGGGGGUUGUGAAAUAGGUGUAUAUCGGCAAGAGGGGGUUGUGUGGGAAUGCACCGCUAGGAUGCAGCACUCCUACCUUUUUAACCCGAAAGGCUGGUUGUUUUUUCGGAUUGUUUUUCUGAAGCUCGGGUAGAACUCCAGCCCCUCUCCAACCUUUUUCGAAUACACGAUAGCGAGGGGUGAGGGGACGGGGGUUACUUAGUUGCCGGAAGUAGAUAAUUGUAUUCUCUAUAACGGCAUUUCCUGACCCUGCGUGUUCGUGUAUUCGUAACUGUCACUCGAGUGCGCUUCUGUCUGUAACUGCUGUGAUUCUUAAUGAUUGAGUCACGGUCAAAUGGUUUUGUGAAGACAGACCUGAUUGCAGACGUCUCUUGUUUGUUAUCUCAUUCAAAGGCGGGUUUAGCUAUGCUAGCUUGACCUUUGCGGUAAACCGAUACAACAAGAGUUGUUGUGAGACGGCAGUGUCAGUCAUAUAAAUUGCUGUGAAGGCUGCAUGCGUAAGCUGUUUCUUACUUCGCUCUAUUCCUAUCGCAUUAUCAAGUCAUUGUCUUAAACUCUGGUGCGGGACUGCUCGGGAAUCGUCACCUUCAACUUUUAUAAUUUGUCUACUUGCGCCAAACCACUGUUUGGUUGUUUCAGCCAUGAACGAGUCCAAAGUUUUGUUUCUGUACACACGACAAGAUCAGAGUCGCAGCGAAGAGCUUAAAGACUUCCUUCGAAUGAAGCUCGGUUCACAUGUGACACUCAACAGCAUCCAGGACACACUUGAAAGCAACUCAACGUUAGAGGAUGAGCUAUUCCAAAGUCGCUGUGUCGUUCUUGUGUACUCUGAUAUCUGCGAAGACUACCUCCAACACGACAUCCACGAGUUCCAGAAAUCUUAUGUGACAUUCGAUGGGAGUAUAAUAAAAGCGUAUUUACUCGAGGAUUCAAUCCUCAGCAGAGUCGUGGUGGUCUACUUUGAGAAGGAGCCAGACAAGUGGAUAGCAAACCGCAUGGACCAGAGAAUGUUUCAUCUGGCAGGGGACUGCUUUGAGAAACUUGAUCCAGCUCUUGAUCAAUUUGUGCAAACUGUGAAAACACUCACGCGAAAGCAACAGAAAUAGCCAGAUCGUACUCGCUUAAAAUAAGGGAAAAUAGGGAAAUGGGUAAUAAAAUUCGAUUUUAAUUUAAAUCCUUGAAUUCUAAAACAAUCGUCGUAGAAGCAAAA